AUGUCUAACUUUAUCCUGGGCUUAGAUGUGGGCACCACCUCUGUGAAGGUGGUUUUAUUGGAAACUGGCUCCAGAUCUGAAGCUGCGACCCAAACUUUACCCACGAAAUGUGAUCUAAGCGACAGCAGCGGGAUAAAGGCCAAAGAGCAGGACACCGGGCGGAUCGUGGACGCGGUGAACCGGUGCCUCGGCCUGCUGCCCGCAGACAAGCUGCAGCGGGUCAGCAGGAUCGGUGUGACCGGACAGAUGCACGGAGUUUUGUUCUGGAAAGCAAAGAGCGGUUGCGACUGGUCCGACAGAGACUUCUUCACGGCCAGAGACACCAGUCAGCUGAUCACCUGGCAAGAUGGACGCUGCAGCAGCGACUUCUUGUCCUCUCUGCCAAAACCAGACUCACAUCUCAGCAUGGCUACAGGGUUCGGCUGUGCGACCAUCUUCUGGUACAUGAAACACAGACCUGAGUUCCUUGAGGCCUUCACGGCUGCAGGGACCAUCCAGGACUAUUUGGUGUCCAUGCUGUGCGGUUUGGAGGGGUGUGUGAUGACGCCUCAGAACGCAGCCAGCUGGGGCUUCUUCAACACUUCAUCCAAUCAGUGGAAUGAAAACAUUCUGAAGGAUGCCGGCUUCCCUUUGCACCUGCUUCCUCGGUGUGUCUCCUCUGGCAGCUUGGCAGGACAGACAUGUUCUUCCUGGCAUGGCAUCCCUGCUGGUACACCAGUAGGCGCCGCCCUGGGAGACUUCCAGUGUUCUGUCUACUCCUGCAUGAGUGCACGGACAGACGCAGUUCUUAACAUCAGCACGUCAGCCCAGCUGACCUUCACCAUGCCAGCUGACUUCAAACCUCUAGAUUCUCCCGAUCCUGCCUCCUCCAUCGCCUACUUCCCCUACUUUGACUCCUCGUACUUGGCUGUCGCGGCGUCACUCAACGGAGGGAACGUACUGGCCACUUUUGUGGAGAUGCUGAAAGCCUGGAUGAGAGAUCUUGGUAUGUACUAUUAUU